AUGGGCGGGCUGACGCACAUGCGUCGAUCCGAAGCCUUAAAGAUUGAUGUCUCAAGGUACAAUGGAACCGAUGAAGAUUCCCUUUUGAGAUGGUUCGUCAAGUUAGACGAUGCCAUCUGGGACCGUCACAUCUUGGGUGACGAGAUGCAAGUCACCUCCGCCCUGUCAAAUUUGACGGGACGAGCAAAGACUUGGAACUUAGGGCUCAAGCUUCAUGACCCAAACGUGUUUGAGUCGUCGGAUAUCUUGAAGUCUCGACUUAAAGAGACGUUUGAGCCGCCGAGAGCCGAGUUCAGAGCACGCUCUGCACUCUUGAGGCUAAAGCGAGGUAAGCGUGACGUGCACGCUUAUGCACAGCACCUACGCUACCUUGCGAGUAGCGUUACGGAAAACCCUGUUGAUGAGCAAACGAUCAUCAUCGUGUUCAUCUACGGCCUUGUAGAUGGGCCGGUGAAGACCUACGUGUUCCGAGAGGACUUCCAUGCGCUGUAA